AUGUUUGAUAAUUUUGAAUCCUUCACAAUUACGACAAAGUCCAACCCGGACGUCACCAUCAAUGGAUUGAAAAGCGGCGAUGCCUCAUCCUCCAAGCCAGCUCUGCUUCUCCUCCAUGGCUUCCCCCAGACCCUGCACAUCUGGCAUCGCGUCGCACCUCGCAUUCUCGACAAAUACACUCUUAUUCUAAUUGACAUCCGCGGCUAUGGAAAGUCUUCAAAGCCCGAAGGUGUAUCUGCAUACGCCAAGAGUGCUAUGGCCCGAGACUGCAUCGAUGUCAUGGAUGCUCUAGGCCAUACAGACUCCUUCUUUGUCUGCGCCCAUGAUCGUGGUGCAAGAGUCGCACAUAAACUUGCCGUCGACUAUCCUGAUCGCGUUCGCAAAUUUAUCUUGCUCGAUAUUUGCCCCACACUGGCAAUGUACACAAAGACAGAUUUCGACUUUGCAAAGGCAUACUUCCAUUGGUUCUUUCUCAUUCAAAAGGAACCCCUCCCAGAGACACUCAUCAACGCAAAGCCAAGAGAGCUGGCAGAGAUGUUCAUGGGAGGCCGGCAGGGCGAUGGACUCUCCAUCUUCGAACCCGAGUGUUUUGAGCUUUAUGCGAAGAACCUGGAAGACCCUGCCACGGUCCAUGCCAUGUGCAAUGAUUACCGAGCCGGUGCGACACUCGACCUCGAUGAGGCGCGUGAUGAUUUAAAGAACGGACGCAAGAUUCGAAGUCCACUGCUUGUUCUGUGGGGAGCACAUGGUGUUAUCGAGAAGUGCUUUGAUGCGAUCCAGGAGUGGAAGGAUGUCACGGAGGAUGGUGUAUCGGUUGAGGGAAGAAGUGUUGAGUCGGGGCAUUAUAUCCCAGAGCAGAAUCCAGAUGAAGUGGUGUCUGCUAUUCUGCAGUUCCUCAAAUAG